GUGGCGCUUUCCAAGGAGACGCUGCCGAUCCCCCCGGACGCGUGCAUUUCAUCGGCAACCGAAGAGACGCCUCAGUACGAGCGUGACCACGGUCUCAAACACACAUUGAAUAUUGUAGUCCAAAGCGUGUUCAUUCCCCCGCGUGUUUACCAACAUUAUAAACAACAUGGCAUCAAGCAUCAACUGUAUGUUCGCCGCUCUGGCUUUUGCCCUUGCGAUUCAGUCCGGUACUGCUCUGCAGUGUUGGAUCUGCCACAGUGACAGCAGUUCACAGUGCGAAUAUCUCGGAAAUGCUACCGAACACACUAGGAUUUCGUUCCUGAGGGACUGUAAUUCCCAACAGUCACAAACUUCAUACGGAUACAACGAGAGAUAUAUCUGCAGAAAAAUUGUCUACACCCAGGGCGGCAGAACCACAACCUCACGCCAAUGCGAUACCCUUCGUGCAGACGAAAGAGACAUCAAGGAUGGACCCUGCGGUCAUCAGAUAGCAUCAGAAUACAGUACCAGAUCAAUCGUGUCCUGCAACAUAUGCAGCACCGACGCCUGUAACUCAGGCACCUCCAUCACAGGCUCACGUCUAUUCCAACUAUUCGCCAUCAUCCUCGCUGUGACGCCUUUCCUCACUGGUGUCAAAUCACUCGGCGUCUAGUCACCUCAACCAAUGCAGCGAGAGAGAGAGCAACAAAAGAAAAUUGAGUGUUUAUCAAAUAUUUUACAUUCAUAAAUCCGAAUAAGUACCGAUAUUAAUGUAUUUUAGAGUUAAAAAUGAAACAGAUUAAAAGGUAAUGCAGGUGGUGAAGAUUAA